UUACUUUACACUCCUGAGCAACAAUUCAAUCUGUUGCAUGUCUGCCAGCCGGUGGAGGGAAAAGAGAAGAUUUCAGCAGCGAAAAUCAGUAAGCACAAGAUGUCCAAUUCUCUUGCUUGUGUGAGUUCACUCUGAGGUCAGAUUGACCAUCUCUCCCCAGGCCUCUGAUAGAAGAAAGUACAGGAAUUGGAGGAGAGAUGGUUCCAAUCUGUUGUCUGUUCCUGGCCUCAUCAGCUCUGUGGCUGACCUUCGCAGGAGACAGAGAACGAUAAACGUUGUGUCUGCACGGUUCUCUUCGACUUCCCGCGAGUCGGUCGGCAGCGCUCAUACUUGCAACAACAUCCACCCAUGGCGACCAUUGUGAUGGAGAGGAUCGGCCGAGUGUUCAUCAGCCUCCAGCAGAUUCGGCAGGUUCCCCGGAUGCUGACUGAGGCUGCACCCUCCAUGCCUGGCACCGUUCGCGACACUGAGGUUCCUUCCUUCUUCAGAGAGCGCUACGUCUGCACAGGCUACAGACCACUGGACCAAAACUGGCGUUACUACUUCCUGUCCUUGUUCCAGCGCCACAAUGAGACCAUCAACAUCUGGACUCACCUGCUGGCGUUUUUAGUGUUUCUGGUUAAAUUUCACCAGCUCGCCAAGACUGUGGACUUCCUUAGUGACCCUCAUUCGUGGCCUCUGCUGAUCCUCAUCAUGUCCUCGCUGACCUACUCGGCCUUCAGCGCGGUAGCUCACUUACUGGGUGGAAAGUCUGAGCUGUACCACUACUGCUUCUUCUUUCUGGACUAUGUCGGGGUGGCUCAGUAUCAGUACGGCAGCGCUGUGGUUCACUUUUACUACGCUGUGGAUCAGAGCUUGCACAGGUACGUGCACGGGAUCUUCAUGCCUACUGCCGCCAUCCUCAGCUGUCUGUCAUGCCUGGGGUGCUGCUAUGGCAAAUACCGCAACCACAGCUUACCGUGCUGGGUGCGGAAGGUGUGCCAGGUGGUGCCCUCAGCACUGGCCUACAUCUUUGACAGCAGCCCUGUGGCUAAGAGACUUUUGACAUGGUCCAGCAAUGACCCUGCCAUCACCUACCACUUUGGUCAGGUGGUUUUUUUUCUCAGCUGUGCCUUCUUUUUUACCGUCCCCCUGCUGGAGCGCUACCGCCCAGGACAGUGCGAUUUCUUGGGACAAAGUCAUCAGCUGUUCCAUGUUUUACUGUCUUGCUGCACCUUGUGUCAGAUCCACGCCUCCUACCUGGAUUAUGUGCACCGUAGGAAGCUGUACUCGCAGCUUCAUAAGAGCGGCAAGGCCGCUGUCUUCGUGGGACUGUAUGUGGUCACCUUAGUUGGAUGUGCACUAAUUGCAACCUUCAUGCUGAGGAAAGUUAAACGUGUGCUGGACUUGAAAUUUAAGUCCAAAUAAAACCAUUGCCCCUGUGCCUUUACUCCCCACAUGCAGUUCCGAUAGUGAGGGAACUGGUUGUUUAAACAAGUGGCAAAUUAAAAAAGGGAAACACAACAUGUCAGAAGUUAGUUUUAUGUAUUACAAUCUAUGUAGUAUUACACAGAAUCUACAUUUUCUGGUUAAAUGUUGAAUCGAUUCUCACAAUUUAUCAAGGUAACAUGAAAAUUUGUGAAAUGGAAAGUACUUUAUUUUUCCCAGUGGGAAAUUGCAAUGUCCCCUUUUUAAUUUUUUUUACUUUAAAAUGAUGCAGUGAUUCUUUGAAACAUGAGCAAACAAACAAAAAAAAAAAAUAAGUAUAAAAAGCAAAAUCAGAAUUUGUGAUUCUAACAGGUUUAAAAAAAUUUAUUCAUCAGUUUAGCCAAAAUCUUUUCUUUUUUAUCAUUACUUUAAUAGUCCUCGGGAAUAGCUCUCCAGGCUUCUUGAAGGACUUUCCAAAGGUCUUCUUUGGAUGUUGGCUCCUUUUUGUUCCAUUCUCUGUCCAGAUGAUCCCACAUUGCUGGAAUAUUGUGGCGAUCCGGGCUCUGCAGAGGCUUCAUCACUGCAUCAGACAUGUUGCAGCUGAUUUUUACUUCGUUUAUUGUGUCAUUUUUCAUACCUCAGCCUAGUUUCUCUGUUUCCCUUCUGGCUCCUUCAGUCACCCUUCCAUUGAGACCAUUUUGAUGAGGCUUUAGUGAACAGUAGAGGGAUCAGUUGAAGAUCCAGAAAUAUCUCUCAGGUCCUAAAUCUGGACUUUGCAGGAAUUUUAAUUAUUUCUUAAGGACGUUGCCUUCAGAUCCUGUUCAUUGUUUAGGCCUGACUCUUCUUCUUUUAUCCUCCACUUGUCCAGUUCAUUCAGAUGUUUUAAUGAAACCACUGCACACCAUGCUGAGAUACAAGUUUCCAGCAGCUCAUCACCUUAUUGGGGUAACAAUACUACAAAUGUCUAACUCAGGGGUGUCAAACGGACGUUGGCUACUGUGACAAUUAUAUAGAAGAUAUUAGCCACACAUUUUAAUAAAAGUAACUAGUUCCUAAUUUAUCCACUGGAGGUUGUAUUUUUAAUACAUUUACAAGACGGGGGAUUACUUCUUAUAUUGUUCAAAUCAUAAUGUGAAAUACUGUGUUUUUCAGUUCCAGGUACCUGUGAUUAAAUGUUUUGUAACUUUGUAAAUCCACCUGCACUUAUAUGAUCAAGAAAUGUCAUAUUCAUAAUUAAUUUUUCUUAAAAGGAUAGUUAAUGAAAUGUUAAUAUCUUAAUAAUCUACUAAACCUCUGUGUAGUAAAACAAAGAGGAAAAAAGUAAAUUUUUUAUAGGUUAUUAUGCUGUUAUUUUACUGGUCUGGACAUUUGAGAUCAAAUUGUGCUGAACUAAAAUGAGUUUGACACCCCUGCUAUAUCUGUUAUGUUUGGUAUUUUUCAGUGAUGCAACUAAAGAAAUGGGAACAAAUUGUGUGUCUUUGCAGCAGGCUUUUAAUUACAGAGAGCCUAAAUAUAAAUAUAGCUUAAAUGGCUGAACAUUCCUCUGAAAACAUGAAGUACACGGACUGAAAGCCGGAUUGUAAUAACACCUGACUGUUUGAAUAUAAAUCUUUAAUGAAAUGA